AUGUACCGCUCAGGACGGGGAACCCCCACACCACGAUCCAGCUACUCAGACCUCAAGCGGCCGGCCUCCGCCAGAGGCUACAGACCACUGCUGCCUCACAUUCCUUCUUCGAGACCAUCUUCAAGUAUGGGCUCGAGGCCCUCCACGCCUACAUUCCGGCCUGAGCCGUACACGGGCUCAAUCACUGUCAGUAUAAGACCAAACCCACAUACAAGUGGGAAUUCCCAGAACCAAGUGUGGCACAUUGACUACGCCAAUACCAUCACCAACACCCAGGACAAUUCCUCCUAUACUUUCGACCAUGUAUUUGCAUCGUCGAUGGAUGUGACAAACAGAGUUGUUUACGAACGUUCGUGUGCUCAGUUGGUGCACAUGUUCCUCAAUGAGGGCUACAAUUCAACGUUAUUCGCUUAUGGUAUGACUGGCUCAGGUAAGACUUACUCAAUGAGAGGCGAAGACAAUGAUCCAGGAUUCGUCAGAUUGGCCAUAGACGACAUUUUUAAUAAGAUAGACUCACCUAACCUGGGGUGCUCGUACUCGCUCUCGGUGACGUAUUUGGAAAUAUAUAACGAGAAAAUAGUGGACCUUCUUGGAACGGGCACUGGUGCCUUCAGCUCCCACAAUGAGCCCAAAAUAAGGGAUGAUCCAGACUAUGGCAUCAAGAUAAUGGGAGUCAACACGCCUACAGUUUCUUCAAAACAGUCAUUGCUCCAGCUCAUCAAAGCUGGUGAUAUGAAACGCAAAACCUCGGCCACGGACUACAACGCCAGACUGUCUCGUUCCCACGCAAUCUUACAACUUCGACUCCACACUAUAGACAUGGCUCUGAGGUUUGAGCAUAGAUCUACUCUUUCAUUAUGUGAUUUGGCUGGUUCUGAGAGGGCAACGCUGUGUGCUGAAAGGCGGAAGGAGGGGUCGUAUAUCAACAAGUCGCUACUCGCUCUCUCCACUGUCAUAAAUAAGCUCUCGCUUGCAUCAAAUAGCGGCGCUAUGGACCACAUCCCCUACAGGGAUUCGAAACUCACGAGACUUCUACAACCGUCCCUUUCAGGACUGGCUCUUAUUCUGAUCUUGUGCAAUGUUCACUUGGGUCUGAAUCUGCCUGGCCUUUCUCAACAGUAUGUUACUGAAACGACAAAUACUCUUCGAUUUGCUGCUCGGGCAAAGGAUAUAGUAUUGUCAGUCAAUGCUAAUAGGAAGCAAUCAAUCGGUGAUGGAGAAGCCCACAGGAUGAUAGAAGAAUUGAAAAGAGUCGUUGAAAAUCAGAAGAACGAGCUCGCCCUCCUAAAGAUACACUCUGGGGUGUGGCAAAUGAACUCUCAAGUAUCAGAGGAUCCUGCUUCUGCACAAUUACAGGGCGAGCUUAAGGUGCUUCAAGAAAAGGUCGAACAUCUCACCCGUCUAUCAGACUUAAACAGGACAGAAGUAGUCCUUUUACGAAACGAUGCUCUCAACGAUAUUUUGGGAAUGGAGAUUGACAAAUUCUCUCUGCAAAAGAUGAUGGCAAAUCUCGAGGAAUUCUACAAGAGGUUGACUCACGAGAAUGAAGAAUAUAAGCAGUAUAAUGCAUCUUUGGAGAAUCAACUUCGUUUGGCACACCUGCAGUUGGCAGCAAUGAACUCUGCCGCGUCACUGAAACCCACUAAUCCUUCGAACAAACAUUACGACUCCUUACUACGACAACAAGAAGAAGAGAUCAUGCUGCUCAAAGAAACUUUGCGUGAUAAGGACCACAUCAUCCACGGGCUUACGAAAACUUCAAAGCUUCGCCGAUUGGUAGAUUCUUCGAAUGCUAAUGGAGCACCAUCGAUCUCAGACUAUACCAAAAAAGUGACUGGAGCAUCUGUAGUGGGUAGUCCGGAUAAGGAGAAUGUGGUCUCCGAAAUCCGUCAAUUUAGAUUAAGUCCAAAGAAGCCAGCUGUGCCGCGAUUCACCUAA